CCAGUGGAAAGAAAGGGAAAGAAGAAGAUGCAGCAGAAAAGCGAGUUCGAGUUCUGCAAAGCGUGCAACAUAAACCACGACCAAGGUCUCCGCCACAAGUACUUCCCUAACCACAAGAAAUCCCUUUCCAGCUUCCUAUCCCGCUUCCGUAAAAAACUCUCCGACGUUCGCUUCUUCCUCAACGCCCCUAUCCCUCUCGAUCCCCAACUCGCUUCUCGCAAUCGCUUCUGGUGUGUCUUCUGCGACCAAGACGUCCACGAACACUCCAGUUCCUUUGCCUGCGCUAAUGCGAUUCGCCACCUCGCCAGUGCCCAACACGUGAAGAAUUUGAGGCAUUUAUUCUGGAAAUACGGCGCUGCCGGGAAUCAAUUGGACGCGUUUAUGUUUUCCGAUGAUGAUGUGACUAAGUGGGAGAGGAAGUGCGAGGCGCGAAAGGAUGAAGCGAGUGAGGGAAGUCGCAGAACGGUGGUGGGUCCUUCAAAUGAUGAUCAUAUCCAUAAUCAACUCACCAGUGGAAAUAGUGAUAGUUUUGAGAAAAAUGUUUAUUCCCAUUCUGUGAAUUCGUAUCCUUCAAAUCCUGUUUUGCCUUUACAAAGCUAUACAAAUGAGUAUCAGAUAUCUAGUUCAGGACUUUCUGGAAUCGCGAAUGUUGCUACCUCGUCGGAAACGUGCCCUGAUUCAAAACCGUUUGCUUUGCCAGAUCUUUUGGUUGAAAGGAGAAGCCAUUCUCUCCCUCAUGAUGGUAGACAAUGGUCAAGUAAUGGUUACUCCGGUCAUAAACAGACUAUCAAAAGUCAUUCGGUGGUAACUUCAUUGGGGCGUGACAAUGGUAGAAUGGUCAGUGGUGAAAGCAUUCAUGAGGGUGUACAAUUGAUCACUCAGAUUUCUUCUGUGCCUACUGAAAGUGCUGAUAAAAAAGUUUAUUCUGAAGCACCUCCACCAUGGAUUGACACAACUGAGGCAGUUCAGAUGCAUUCUAAUUCAAACAAGUUGGGGAAGUCCAAAAUGUUGAAUCCAAAUCGGGUAGGAGCAGCUUGGGUUGGAAAGAGAAAGAUUGAAAUGGAGAAGGAAAAAAGGGGAGAGACAAAAAGGAAUGGGUGUGAUGCCAACUGGCUUCCUAAUUUUGGUAGAGUCUGGCAAUCUGGUAGCAGAAGAGAAUCCAGAAAAGAGUUUGAGAGGGAGAAACAGUUACAGAACUUAAAUGUUGAAGCAGAGUCUAAGAUGGCAAUCAAGAUACAGCCUUAUGUAAGCAAAAGAAUGCGGAUGGAUUGUCAGGGUGAUAAUGGAAGCGGAUGAAAUUUCUUGUCGCAAAGAUGUUCGGGGAGUGAAAUCCGUAUGGUAAAUAUGCAUACCAACAUCUAUUGCAUUGGAGGUAAGAAGACUGGAAAAAAUUUACUCGGUGAAAUGCGGCACGUUUAUGUCAACCCUCGGAAAAAAGUACCUCAGUCAUUUUGCAGUAUUAAAGCAUAACAAUAGAUUACUGAAAUAUGUACAUGCAUUAAGCUAAAAAUGAGGGCUGUUAGUCUGCAUGAAUGAUUAUGAUGAUAGGGAAACCCAUUUUACGACAUUUCCAUUUAAAUGCCUUAUGAUAACAAUUCUUGUUAUAGUUGGUCUGCCCAUUUUUGUGCAGUUAUUGGGUGCCUAUUAUCGCCUACCAGUUUGUUUUUGAAUGUAAGGAUGGUUACUAUUGAAUAUUAAUAUUCAGAUCGGUGCUGCCUUUCAGCU